AUGACGAUUGUUGUAUGUACCUUCAAGGGCGAAGGUCCUGGAUGUAACAGUCAAAAAGAAACUCAUGUGAACACUGUGUGUUAUACAUGCUGUGGAUUUUAUGGGCCUUGUUUUGGUCAACCUGUAUGUAGCACCUGUCAUGCCUUUCUAUUUCCUGAGGAUAUCAAUCAUCCUGAUGGUACUUUAUUUCAAGAGCAUGGGAACGUCUUAUUUCAUCCAGAAGGUAUAUGGCCUACUCUUUCAGAUUUUUAUGAAACAUUGCCAAGGAGACAAGAUAGACCUCGAAGAAUUGUGAUUACAACAUUGAAAAUUGAUAAACUGACUGAAUGUAUUUCAGCCCUUAGUUGUCCACGGAAAAUGGAUAGCAUCUUUCCUGAUGGUCUUGGUGAAAAUUUACCAGCAGAAGUUCUUGCUGUUAUAUUUUCAUACCUUGAUGAUCUAUCAUUAUGGUGUUGUGGUCAAGUAUGUAAACGAUGGAGACAAGUUAUGGAAGUAGAAACAACUCAAGAACAAUGGAAAUGUUAUGUCCAAAGACAGUGGCCACUUUUCAAACCAUAUUCAUUGAGUCCAUGUUGGAGGACAUUGUAUACUAAACUUGUAGAAAGUGCACCAUGUUUGUUGUGCCUUCAUCAAAUGUCUGAGCAGACACAGCCACCUCCAAUUGAUAAUUCUUGGCGUACUGUUAGGUUAAAAAAUGAACUCAAAUCUUUGCAGUCAGAUCCUCCAGAAGGGAUUGAUGCAAAACCAUUGGACAAAACUUGUUGCCAUUGGCAAGCAAGUAUAACAGGACCUAUUGAUAGUCCAUAUGAAGGUGGACAGUUCUUUUUAUAUUUACAAAUUCCUCAAAGUUAUCCAAUGAAACCACCAGUAGUACGAUUUAUUACAAAAAUAUUUCAUCCAAAUAUAAGUAGACAUGGUGAUAUUGGAAUUGAUUCAAUUCAUCAUAAUUGGACACUUGCACUUACAAUUUCAAAGGUACUUAUUAGUAUCCAAUCUUUAUUGACUGAUCCAUAUUGCCAUGUGUGCAUGGAACCAGAAAUUGGCAGGUUAUAUGUAGAUGAUCGCAAUACAUUUGAUCGAACAGCUCGUUUGUGGACAAUGCGGCAUGCAACACAUGGAACAAUAAUGCUACCACCAACCGAUAAAGAUUCAUUUUGGUUAUCACCCGAAAGCGGAUGAGAUCAGUUUUGUUGGACUUAACAGAUAUAGACAACUCAAAGUGGUAAUUUGGAAACCAGUUUUCCAUUCAAAUUCAGUCACAUGAGCUGACAAAAAUAAUUCCAAUUGCAAUCUACAAAUACAAGCUUUCAUUUGUACAGUAUGUACUAUGUACAUUGAAUAACCACUCUCCUGAUACAAUGCACAAGCCCUUUCUUCAUGCUAUUCUUUUUUAAUAUAUAUAUAAAGCAUAAAUAAAUUGUAAAAUAUCAUUUUGGUCCCAUAAGAGAAUUUAUGUAAUAUAUAAUUUGUGCCAAGAAUGUAUCGUCUUUUCAUUUGAAGAAAAUCAUCCAUCAUUGUUUUUUUAUGUUUAUUAUUUUUGUACGUAAAAGUAAAGUUGUUAAUGUUUGUUGAGUUAAUGAAAUUAUGCAUAAAAUAUAUUGUUUUGUAUAAAGAACUAUUUUCUUUUGGUUUUGUUUAUAGUCUUAUUUUGUUUGCAAAUAAAAAAAAAUAUGUUCCUUGACAUAUGCAAUCAUCCCCUUUAUACUUUUACAAGACUGCCUCCGAAGAUAAAUCGUUGUACAUUUUUGCCAAAUUCUGCAAAGUUUGCAUAUGACAGGGAUACAAAAUAAUUGUGAAUACAUAUAUUAUAUAUGCACGUCUUGUAUAUAAAAUUGUUUGUUAAAAGAUGAGUCAUUUGGUAAGUAUUAAAGCAUUGCAUCCUUAGAGGGAUUUUGUAUGUUAUUAAGAGAUGCAUGUUAUAUAAAAAAAGUUUAACUUUAUUUGUGUGUUAUGUGCUUGUAUUGUAUAAUGAAAAUUGAAGAUUAGUCAGUUUAUUAUAAAGAUCAUUUUAAGAUUACAUUAUAUGAUUGAAACAUAAAUGCAUUGAUCAAACAUGCUCUUAUUCCCCUCACAAUAAAUAUGAAAUCAAAUUUUUUCCUCGCCACAAAAAUUUACAAAAGAAAAAAUUCUAUUAUGAAACUAAUUCAUAACUGAUACCUAUUAAAAUUCAAUUCAAUAAUAAUAUCUGUGCAUGGAAAUUGCAAAUUUUUUAAGUUAGCACACUUUUUUUUUUAAGAAAAUUCAUAUUUAGGAAGGUAUAAAAAUUUUAAUUAGGUACAUUCCAGUAUGCAUCAAAUAGUGUAUUGGUGAACCACAAUGUACUAAAAUGUGUUCCAGUAUUCACCAAUGAGUUCAUUGGUGCAGUGAUUGACAUACAAUGUGCUCACUGGGCUGUGGAUAUGGUAAGCUCUGAUGAAGAAAAAUGCCUCCAUGGUUAUAUUAACAUCAUUUUUACUACUAAUUUGUAUUAACCCAAAGUAAUUUUGAGAAAAUAAAUUUGUAAAUGCCAAUAUAGCACUGUUUGCUUCUGCCAUUUUGUUCGGUUGCCAGACCUUGCAUUAAAAGCCUAUUAAACCAUUCACUGAUGCAUUGGUUGUGGCUAAAACAGGUGCAUGCUGGAAUGUGCCCAUUAUUAAAAUCAUAUUAACAAGAAUUAUUCUAAAACUUUGACAAAUAAUUAAAAACAAUGUAUUUCUUAAUUAAAUCUUAAUUGUCAGUAAAAUAUUGCUGCAAUUAAUAAGUUUAUAACAUCCCAUAAAAUUGACAAGAUUUUACUUAAUAUAUUUGGUCAUUUCAUCAUUCACAAAUAUGAUUAUGAAUUAGCUUAAUAUGAAUAAUAAUAUGCAAAAAGCAAUGUUUUUUUUUAAUUAUUUUUAAAAUGGCAUGAAGUAGAACAUUUGAACUAAUUGAAGA